CCUCUCCACACGCACUCGUCAUACAGGAUAUAAAUAAUAUCUCAAGUCGCAGUGGAGACUCAUUGUUAGUUUGUAAACAUGAAGACCUUCAUUUUGUUUUUUUCGUAUUUUAUUUUCCUGUGUAUGUGUCAAUCUGAUUUACAAUGUUCCGGCCCAAAUGAAAUGAUUGACUGUGUUGGAGAUUGUCCUCCUGAGAAAACUUGCAAAACGAAAGACAUACAAUUUAAUUGUUUACUAAAUAAUAAAAGAUGUCAAAUGAAAUGCGUCUGUAAAAAAGGUUUUUAUAGAAACUUAAUAGGACAAUGUAUAGCAAGUGAAUUGUGUGAUAAAUGUCCUGACGCCAACGAAUAUUAUAGCUGUGGCGGUGCCUGUGAUAAUGUGUGUGCAGAUUUACAUACGCAAAACCAAACACAUUGUCCCAUUAGAAACAUAAAAUGUAACGAAAAGUGCUAUUGUAAAGAAGGCUAUGCAAGGAAUAAAAAUAACGUUUGCGUUCCUUUCAAUAAGUGUCAUACUUUGUGCGAGGAACAUGAAGAAUAUCAAGAGUGUAAAAGAACCUGUCCACCAGAUUUUUGCGUAUCACUAGUAGCCAGGUUUAAAUGCGACAGCAACGCAGCAUGUACACCAGGAUGUGUUUGUAAGUCUGGCUAUUUACGAAAGGGAUUCGAAAAACCAUGUGUGGCAAUUAAUCUAUGUCCAGAAUUGGCAAAUUCGCCAGAUUUCAAUUUACAUUUCAUCAACUAAA